AUGCAAUCUGAAUUAGAUUUACUCAGACAAGAAAAUACUAAACUUAUAAGUAAGAAUGUUUUGCUUCUGGCUAAAGAAGCAGGGCUUAUAGCCAGAAUCAUGGAGUUGGAACAAUUUAUAAAAAAAAACGUUGAGCUCAAGGCUA